CUUACUUGCUAUCGUAACUAUUACCAAAUUUCUGAAAAUUGUCAUCGUCUUUGCCUUUCCGUUGACAGAUCUCCUCUUCCUCCUGGGACACACCACAACGGCACAACCACCACCGCGAUUGAUCGGUGAGAAAAAAAUGCAACCAGCAAACACCACCUUGUCUGAUCUUUAUACUCACCAUCGCCAUCACGAUACCUCUCAGUACUACUCGUAUUUCCCCUCUCAAAACCCUAACCCUUAUCCCCUUCAUCAGCAACGCCACUUGCAAAUUGAAUCGCAAUAUAGUAGUGCCGCUAUAAAUCCUGAUCCUCCUGGUUCCGAAUCCUAUUUGCCGUCAUAUUCCAUUAGCCACGCCGGUGCCGCCUACAAUGCUCUCCACGCCAGUGCUCUGACCUACGCUCAGACAAUUACUGCGGCGCCACCACCUACUUAUGCAUCCGACUUGUUGGUGCAAAAUUGGGCGACAGAGGAGUCUGUUCAGCCAUAUGGAAGUGCUCUAUAUGCAACUGCUGGAUUGAUAGGUCAAGAUAGUUCACAACAACUACUAACUUCAAUCCCCACCGGUGCCAGUAGAUGGACCAAUCCAAGCGCCCAACAACCUCGUGGGCCAUGGAAAAAAAUCCCAAAGAAAACAAAAAUCGCCCAGUCAGCGUGGUGUGAAAUCUGUAAAAUCGAGUGCAACACCAAGGACAUUCUUUAUAAACAUAAGUUGGGUAAAAAACACAUCAAAAACAUAGAAAAAUUAAACCCAGCUGCUUCUAUAACUAUUGGCACUACUUCCACAAGCAACCCCAAUCCAAUCAUAGGACCCUUGGAAAACCCUAAAAAUCCCAAUCCCAAUUUGGGCCCAAAAAAGAAGAAGGUGGAGACUCCACAAGAGCUAGAAAUGAAGAGAAGGAAGGUAGUGGAAGGUGGUGCAGCUGUGAAUGCUGUGAGGACUUGUACAAUAUGCAAUGUCGUUUGCAAUAGUGAUACGGUUUUUAGAUUCCAUCUUGGGGGCCAAAAGCAUAUUUCCAUGUUGAAAAAAUCACACCAAGGUAGUGGUACAGUUUGAGAGUUUGAACAUAAUCAUGACUCA